GCGUCGGUGCGCGGGGUCGAGGGUCAGCCUGAAAGAUGGCGGCGGCGGUGACCUUCUUCAGACUGUUGGGCAGGGGAGGCGCAGCGGCGCGGAGCUUUCCCGGGGCCGCCAGGUGCUUCGGGGUGCGGACCUCGCCGGCCGGGGAGAAGGUCACGCACACCGGCCAGGUUUAUGGCGAUAAAGACUACAGGAAAGUUCGAUUUGUAGGUCGUCAGAAAGAGGUGAAUGAGAACUUUGCCAUCGACCUGAUAGCAGAGCAGCCUGUGAGCCAAGUUGGGAGUCGAGUGAUAUGGUGUGAUGGUGGCGGGGGGGCCCUGGGCCACCCCAAAGUGUACAUAAACUUGGACAAAGAAACAAAGACGGGGACGUGUGGCUACUGUGGCCUGCAGUUCCAGCAGCUCCACCACUAGGGCCGCGUGGGCGGUUUGGUGACACGGACUCCGUCUCUAGUGCCGAAUAAAGGGUGUUGUUCUCCAGGAUGCUGCGCACAGCUGUUUCUCUCACACAGGCUCGCUUAGGACUGUGGCUUAAGGUGGCGUCCGCUCCCGGACCCCCGCCACAUGCUCCUUCCACCCGCGGGACCACAGCGGGGGCUGGAAGAAAGCGGGGGCCGGGGAGAGGGGUG